UAAGACUUGAUACGAGUACAAGAUUGACUUCUGACUACAUUGCAAUACAUAUACAACGAUAAGAAAGAAUAGUGUAAAGAAAAACGGCGAGUAUAGAUCGAAGAUUUCCGAGAUCAGUCGCAACAAUGCAAGGAGGAUCAACAGGCAUCGGCUAUGGCCUCAAGUAUCAGGCGAGAUGCAUCGCCGACGUCAAAGCCGACACUGAUCAUACCAGCUUCCUCGCCGGAACUCUUAGCCUUAAAGAAGAGAACGAGGUGCAUCUUAUUCGGCUCUCCGCCGACGGCACCGAAUUGAUCUGCGAGGGUCUGUUUUCUCACCCUAGUGAGAUUUGGCACCUCGCUUCUUGCCCCUUUGAUCAACGCAUCUUCUCCACCGUUUUCUCUUCCGGUGAAAUGUAUGGGGCAGCAAUUUGGCAGGUACCUGAGCUGUAUGGGCAGCUGAAUUCCCCACAGUUAGAACGGAUUGCUUCUCUUGAUGCACAUGGUUCAAAGAUUAGAUGCACACUUUGGUGGCCCACUGGAAGGCAUGACAAAUUGGUUACCAUUGAUGAACAGAAUCUUAUUCUGUGGGGCUUUGACACGUCAAAGAAGACUGCACAAGUGCAAGCAAAAGAAUCAGCUGGAAUGCUUCACUCUUUAUCUGGGGGAGCUUGGGAUCCACAUGAUUAUAAUGCCAUUGCCUUAACAUGUGACUCAUCGGUUCAAUUUUGGGAUCUACGUAAUAUGAAGAAAACAAGCUCAAUUGAGCAUGCUCACAUCCGAAAUGUAGACUAUGAUGUUAAGAAAAAGUAUAUGCUUGUAACUGCUGAAGAUGAAUCUGGGAUAAACAUAUGGGACCUUAGAAUGGUGAAGUUUCCUGUCUUACAGCUUCCUGGGCAUGAUCACUGGACAUGGACUGUGAAAUGUAAUCCUGAAUAUGAAGGCUUAAUUCUGAGUGCUGGGACUGAUUCUGCAGUCAAUUUGUGGCUUACAUCUCCUCCUAGUGCUGCGGACCUAAUGUCUGAGAGCUUUGAGUCCAAUACUAGUCGGGAUGGUCAUUUGCUUAAUUCAUACAGUGACUAUGAAGAUAGUGUCUAUGGUCUUGCUUGGAGUUAUCGAGAACCAUGGAUGUUCGCAUCAUUGUCUUAUGACGGGAGGGUCGUUGUGGAAUCCAUUAAGCCUCAUCUUCCAAGAAGAUGAAUAAUGAGCAAGUGCAGAGUUUGAGAAUAGCGUUCGCAUCAGAAUCCGUUGCAGCCAAACAGCGCGAUGAUGAUGAAGCCGCAACUGCUUACAUGGAGUUCAAGACUGUAACAAGACGUUGCUUUGCUUGUUGUGUUAUGGUGUUUGUUUUUCAUUUUUAUGUCAAAGCUUAAUCCCACCAUUCAUUCGCCUUUGCCAUGCUUGUUGCAUUGGUUAUCACUAUUUUUGCGGCAUAUCAAAACUGUCAUAUGUCCUGAGUUUGUGUUAAAUGAUGUAAUGGAUGUACCAACCUUUGUAUGUCAUAGCAUCGUAUGUUUUUGGAUGAAGCAAAGGUUUUGACAUCCGGAUAGUGUCUCCGGAAGCAGUUUUAUGUUUAGAACAGUAUUGAACCUAAAGCUUAUUUAAUCAGACUAUUGAGAUUGUAAAAUAAUCAACUUUUC